AUGGAGACGCUCGUGGUGGAGCUCGCGCGAGCGGAGACGUGGCGGGACGAGUGCGCGCCGAGGAUGCGAGCGAUGUCAACGCCGAGUUCGAUGACGACGACGUCUUAUGCGAUUUAUCUUGUGCGUUAUCACGAAUCCGUGGUGUGUAAUUUGUUCGAGCUCGUGUUGAGUGGGUGCUCGACUUCGGCGUUGGACGAAGUCGAGGACGACGUCGCGGCGGAGCUCGCGGAUUAUUGCUUGAGACGCAUCGUUUGGCUAUCUGCGCGCGAGGGAGGCGAAAAGAGCGAUGAUGAUGACGAUAGUGCCUCGACGACGCCAGAUUUUACGCUCUCCAUGUCCGCGUUGGCCAUCGCUCGAUGUCUCGCGGCGUCGCCACGGCUAUUGGGUCAAACGAGGCGGGACGCGCUUGCCGAGGCGCUGGCGCCACUUCUCGACUCCAAGCCUUGGAUUCAGCGAGAGCGGCACAACUCGAGCAUUAUCAAAGUCUACGUUGACGGUUCGUGGACGGAGGAUAUCUCCGAGUGGGACGCCAACACGCGAGUGCAGAAAUGCGAGGCGCAGGUGUGGUUGGCGCUUCGUUCGCUCCUGUGCGACCCCGCGUUUGCGUGGGAUGAAACCCGCAAGUCUUUGGCAGCGCGCGUGCGCAAACACUUGAACGAGUCGACGAUUGAUCAGAUUCCCGUGUUGCGGGAUUUAAAGCACGUGCUCGACGAAGUCAUGGUGCGAAAUUUGGACGGCGUCCACGUUGCGUCUCGCUUGGCCAUCGAAAUCGUUCCCAAGUAUCGGCGCGCGCUAACGCAAAACGGAUCGGCUGAGUACUACGAAAGCGUCGCGGCCAUUAUGCUUCGCGAACGAUUCGAUGCGAUUUUCAUGGCGUCCAUCGCAGAAGACAUCUUGUCCACGUGUGAGAUGACGACGGACGUUGCGGCGAAGACGACGUCGGCGGCGCCUUCGUCUUCGAGCGGCGACGAAGCGCCGGUGAAGAUUGACAUCUUACGCGAACGCAAAACCCUCGACAGCGCUUCGACGUCGUUCGACACCGUCCACGUAUUCGAGUACGACUUCGCCAAAGAUCGCGCACCGAACGAAGUACGCGCGAAAACUUCGCACACUCGAGGCUUGCGCCGCGCGCUCGCCAGCCGCUCGUCAAACGACGGUGCCGAAGUCGAGUUACCGUGCGCAUUCGACGGUAAGAUCCGCGUCAAUUUCGACGCCCGCACGAUCACCGCCCCCCUCACGCUUCGUCGAAGCGCGACGACUGAAGACAAACCGUCGGUAUGGAUCACCGUCGGCGCGCUCGCCGUCGACGGCUUCGCCGCGCAGCUCCGGCUCGAUCGCUCUCCUCGCGGCGGCGACGCCUACGUCGUUCGCGACGUCCAUCUCACCAUCGCCGUCACCGCCGCGUCGUGA